CUCCCGUGCGCGCGCCUUGGGCGGCACCAUGCAGGCGAUGCCGCCGCAGGAACCGGCGGCGGCGCCGGCGAUGGACGGGGGCAAGGUGGCGGCGCUGCUGGCCGCGGCGGCCGCGCUGCUGCUGCUGCUCCCGCUGGCGCUGCCCCCGCUGCCGCCGCCCCCGGCGCAGCUGCUGCUCGUCCCCGUCGUCAUGCUGCUGCUCGUGGCGUCCCUCGCCUUCUGCCCCGCCGCGAGCGGCGGCGGCAACCUCGCCGCCGCGGACCACGGGUCGUUCGGGGCCAGGGAGUGCCUGGACCGCCGCACCUGUGCUGAGCCUAGCUCGCGCGCAGCCAUGGUGCGGACUGCGGAGAGGGAUGGACUGGAUUCUGGAGAAAAAUGUACAUGGUAAUCUAGAUCAUGGUGGGUGGGUUUUCGGAGGAUCGAAACUGCACAAUUGAUCGGAGAUGAAUCAUGGCAGCAAUCUGGCGUCGAUGACACGAGCGUCUUUGGUUCGCGAGGCCAGAUCUCAUUUGACACGCACCAAUGCGUCUGGUGCUUGAGGCGCGUUGCUCGCACCACGUGGCCUGACCUCGGACAGCAUGCAGGGCAAUCUCUCUCUCUCUCUCUCGUGUGCUAUAAUCACUGUAAAAAUUGAUCUGUAGCAACGU